AACGGCGCAUUCACCAUGGGCUUCUUCUCCCCCGGGGUGUCAACCAAGAGGUACCUCGGCAUCUGGUUCUCCGUGUCCAGAGACGCCGUCUGCUGGGUGGCCAAUCGCGAGCGCCCCCUCAACGACAACUCCGGCGUGCUCAUGGUCAGCGACACGGGGAGCCUUCUCCUGCUGGACGGCUCCGGCCGGAUCGCGUGGUCAUCAAACUCCAGCAGCACAUCUCCCGUGGAGGCGCAGCUGCUCGACAACGGCAACCUAGUCGUGCGCAACCCUGGCAGCGCCACUGUCCUGUGGCAUUCUUUCCACCACCCGUCCAACGUGAUGCUGUCCGGCAUGAAGGUGGGCAAGGACUUGUCGAGCGGGGACGAGUGGUACCUCACGUCGUGGCGCUCCGCCGACGACCCGUCGCCGGGGGCCUUCCGCCGCGUGCUCGACACCAGCGGGCGGCCCGACAACAUCGUGUGGCAAGGCAGCGCCAAGACGUUCCGCACGGGCCCCUGGAACGGCGUGCGCUUCGGCGGCAUCCCGGAGGUGCUGACCUACCAGCAGGACCUGUUCGAGUACCAGAUGGUGAUCAGCCCGCGGGAGGUGACCUACGGGUACAACGUCAAGCCCGGCGCCACCUUCACCUACGUCGUGCUGACGGACAACGGCGAGGUGAAGCGCCUGGUGUGGGAUGCGACCAGCCGGGCAUGGCAGACCAGCUACCAGGGGCCCAGGGACGUCUGCGACGCCUACGGCAAGUGCGGGGCGUUCAACCUGUGCAACGUCAGCGCAGCGUCGGCGUCGUUCUGCGGCUGCAUCAGGGGGUUCCGCCUGGCGUCUCCGUGGAGGAUCGCCGGCAGAUGCCGGCGGAACGUGGCGCUGAGCUGUGCGGCUGGGAGCACGACGGACGGGUUCGUGCCGGUGCCCGGAGUGAAGCUUCCGGACACGCACAACGCGUCGGUGGACACGGGCAUCACGGUGGAGGAGUGCAGGGCGAGGUGCCUCGCCAACUGCUCGUGCCUGGCCUACGCCGCCGCGGACAUCAGCGCCGGCGGUGAUGGUAGCGGCUGCAUCAUGUGGACCGAUGAUCUGCUCGACAUGCGGUACGUCGACAGAGGGCAGGAUCUCUACCUGAGGCUGGCCGAGUCUGAACUCCAGCCGCCGCCGCCGGCCCUGCCCCCGUCGCUGCCGUCACGGUCCCGGGCCCCUACUGGCCCCGUCAUUGGUGCCGUAGGUUCCCUCGUCGGGAUUCUUCUUGUUGCUUUCUUGCUCCUGGUUGUGAUCAGGAGGCGCCGGCGCCGGAGACCUUCAAACACAGCUCCAAGUACCCCUGAUGGUUUUAUUCAGCGUACUACUCCUGCCCCGACCGUACCUUCUUCUGAACUGUCUAGUUUGAAGAAGGCUACUGGAGAUUUCUCUGAAAGCAACAUCAUUGGUCGCGGUGGCUUCGGAAUCGUAUAUGAGGGCCAUUUACCUGAUGGUAGAAAAGUUGCUGUAAAGAGACUCAUAAUGCAGUCUUCUCUUACUGAUGAAGGCGCUAAUGCUUUCAUGAGAGAAGUGGGAGUGAUGUCAAAGCUCAGGCAUGGCAACCUUCUUCAGCUCCUUUCUUAUUGCCAGGAUGGGAAGGAGCGAAUCCUAGUCUAUGAGUACAUGAAGAACAGGAGCUUGAACAUCUACAUAUUUGGAGGGGAUCCUAGACUCCGGGCUUUGCUAAAUUGGGAUCGAAGGCUGGAAAUAGUUCGUGGGGUUGCCAAAGGCGUUGCUUAUCUUCAUGGACUAAGCGAGGAAGUCAUCCACAGGGACCUAAAAUCAUCCAAUAUACUUCUGGAUGACCAUUGGAGGCCGAAGAUCGCAGACUUCGGAACCGCAAAACUUUUCGUUGUUGAUGAGACAGAUCCAACACUAAUAAAAUCAGCGGGGUACACGGCUCCAGAGUAUUUAUCUAGUGAACGGCACCUGACACUGAAGUGCGAUGUGUAUAGCUUUGGAAUCAUCUUGAUGGAGAUAAUCAGUGGGAAAAGGAACACAGCCACCCCAGCGCUCCUUUCUGAUGCCUGGGAAUCUUGGAGUCAAGGCACGAUCAGCGACCUUCUUGAUCCAGCCGUGGCCCAGCCGGAGCCUGAGCUCCUAUUUGAGCUGGAGAGAUGUGUGCAGAUAGGCCUUCUCAGCGUGCAACAAUCACCUGAUGACAGGCCUGCCAUGUCUGCAGUAGUUGCGAUGCUGAACAGCAACAGUUUACAGAUCCGUGCGCCUAAGAGGCCAGUGUUGGGCAGCAGAACCGAGACUCCUCUCCACGAAGCAGCGGAUCGUUCAACGCAGGAAGCAUCUGGCACGUCACGCAGCAGCUAUUCGGUAUAUCUCACAUAGCUAGGUGGUAACUUUUCUAGCACGUGUGAAUGAAGUUGCAUUGGGUUAUUGUGUUUGUGUGAUUUGUGAGAUAGAUUGAUCUUUUUAGCUUUGAUAUUCUAGAGAAAUCCUUUCAGUUUGGGUGCCUCACGGAUGCAUUUUGUUUUUUUUUGUAAUUUCCCGAGUAAAGAGAAAGCUUUACUGAUUAA